AGCAGUUGUUGUAGCUGUGGGAAGAUGGAGAGUGGGAUCCGGAAAGGAGAUAUCAGUUUGGAAGGAUGCGUGGCUGCCUAGAAAGGGAUCUCGGAGAGUACGGUCUACCCGACCGGAUGGAGUGGCAGAUAUGAAUGUUGCUGCACUAAUGUGUGAAGAUGGAAAGUCGUGGAAUUUACAACGUAUUGCAGCCAUUUUUUUUUUUGAGGAGGCAUCCGUUAUCUCAAGCAUCCCGUUGAGUUUGAGACAGAUCAAGGACGGCUAUAGGUGGAACAACGACUCGAAAGGAAAGUACAUUGUACGAAGUUGUUACAGAAGACUUGUCGGGGAACAGGCUGCCAUAGAUGGAGAUCUUUUGACGAUUGCCUGGAAUAGUAAGCUGCCACCAAAAACAAAGUAUUUUUCUGGCAAUAAUCUUCUGGAGUUCUUCUGACGGCUGACUUAUUAAAGAAAAGGCAUGUUCAGAUAGUUGGUUGCUGCCAAAUCUGUAAAAGGGACGAAGAGACAGUCCUACAUCUAUUCAUGAAGUGUCCAUUGAUAGCGGGGGUUUGGGAGGAGGCAGGUUUUUCGAGUCUGAUGCAGGGAGAGUCCCUCUCGGCUUGUUUACAGAAAGCUGCUAAGGACCUUGCUGAAAAUUAUUUAAGCCAUGUUAUAAUGCUCCUUUGCAGUAUUUGGAAUAUGCGUAACAAUAUAAUUUGGAAAGCUCACCUUUUUUCGAGUGGAAAUGUUAAAACAGAUUGCUUGGUCCACGUUGGUGAGCUGGAAGGCAGCUCAAGCUUUGGGCACCAGGUUAUCACAAACACAGGUGGACAGUUUGGAGGCAAAAUGGCAGAAACCAAAUUCGGACUUUGUAAAAAUAAAUGUUGAUGAUGCAAAUAACGCACAAGCAGGUAGAUGGGCUUGGGGAUGGAUUUGCAGAAACACUAAUGAGCAAUUCAUAAAGGCUCGGUCUAGGAACAAGAGAGGCGUGUGGACUCCAACUGAAGCAUGUUAGGUGUGUAUUUUAGCUCAGGUCUUCAACCAAAACAACUCUCACACACCACCUCAGUAUUGUUUAGCCACUCCACUCACCUUGUUCACCACUCGCUCACACUCCAACUCCACACUCAAGAAGGAAGAGGAGCUCGCUGGUAUUGAACUCACCGUAUUCCCAAAAGGAAAGAAGAGCACUCAGUUAUAUUAGGCUAUUAUUUCCUCACGGGUGUCAAAGACAAACAAAGGGUGGGGGGCUCCAGAUAGGCUAGCAAAAUUCAGAAGGCCAAGAGAAAAAUAAUACCAAGUCAAUAAGAGUUGGCAGCGGAUAGGAAAAGUCAGGCUAGCUAGAUCAGUAAGAGUGUAGGAAGUAGGGGUAAACAUAGGGUGCAGGCCUUAACAUAAUAAGUGGAAGGGAGGCCUUAGUAGG